UAAUAUGAUGGAUUUGGUAAUAUGGGCUCUAUAUAAAUACUGUAUAUAGUUGGAGAGGUAAACAAAUUAAGUGAGAUAAAGUGAAAAGAAGAGGAGAGAGAAGGAAAGGAUCUAUGGAGAAGUACGAUGUGGUGAAACAUCUUGGAGCUGGAAAUUUUGGAGUGGCGAGGCUUCUCAGGCAUAAACAAACCAAGGAGCUCGUCGCCAUGAAAUAUAUUGAGCGUGGACAUAAGAUUGACGAAAAUGUGGCGAGAGAAAUUAUCAACCACAGAUCGCUUCGCCAUCCCAAUAUUAUUCGUUUCAAAGAGGUGGUUGUGACGCCCACACAUUUGGCAAUCGUAAUGGAGUACGCAGCUGGUGGAGAACUAUUUGAUCGAAUAUGUAGUGCUGGUAGAUUUAGUGAAGAUGAGGCGAGGUACUUCUUCCAGCAAUUGAUUUCUGGAGUCUCCUUUUGCCACUCCAUGCAAAUAUGCCACAGAGAUCUGAAAUUGGAAAAUACGCUGUUAGAUGGAAGCCCAGCACCACGCCUCAAAAUCUGUGACUUUGGCUACUCCAAGUCAUCGGUGUUGCAUUCAAGGCCCAAGUCAACGGUUGGGACGCCGGCGUAUAUAGCACCGGAAGUCCUCUCUCGCCGAGAAUACGACGGCAAGAUGGCAGAUGUAUGGUCUUGUGGAGUAACCCUAUACGUGAUGUUGGUGGGAGCUUACCCCUUCGAAGAUCCAGACGACCCCAAGAAUUUCAGAAAAACUAUUACAAGAAUAAUGGCUGGCCAAUACAAAAUUCCAGACUAUGUUUAUAUCUCCCAAGAUUGCAGGCACUUGCUCUCCCGUAUUUUUGUUGCAAAUUCCUCUCGGAGAAUCAACAUAAAGGAGAUCAAGAGCCAUCCAUGGUUCUUGAAGAACUUGCCACGUGAACUCACAGAAGUAAAUCAAGCAGUGUAUUACCAGAAAGACAACCCCGCCUUGUCUUCACUUCAGAGCGUCGAUGAGAUCAUGAAGAUUGUGAGUGAAGCCCGAAAACCUCCGGCGUCGUCUAGGCCCCUCGGCUUCCGAUGGGGAGGAGACGAGGAGGAUGAAGGCAAAGAAGACGAGGAAGCAGUUGAAGAGGAGGAAGAGGAGGAGGUAGAAGAAGAAGAAGAAGAUUAUUAUGAGACGCAAGUUAAGCAAGUUCAUGCGAGUGGGGAGUUUCAUCUUAAUUGAUGGAUUGUGUUUGUUUAAUUAGUUUAUUAUACGUCUUUUCACAAAACUGCGUAUUAUGUUAUCUAAUGAUUUUAUCUUAUUGGAUUUCAAAAUAAACAACAUUAUUUACGUCUUUAA